GACGAUCAUUAUAUAUUAGCCUUAUAACCUGCUAGACUGGUCAUUGCAGAGCAUUCCAACAUGUUCUACGUGAUUGGUCUUGGACUCUGCGAUGAGAAGGACAUCACAGUCCGUGGAUUAGAAGCAGUCAAAUCCUGCUCCCGAGUCUACUUGGAAGCCUACACGUCCAUCCUGAUGGUGAACAAGGACCGCCUCGAAGCCUUCUAUGGCAAGUCGCUUAUCCUUGCAGAUCGCGACAUGGUAGAGCUCGAGAGCGAUGACAUCUUACGGGGCGCGGCCACCGAAAACGUUGCGUUUCUCGUCGUUGGUGAUCCAUUUGGCGCGACGACACACACGGAUUUACUGCUAAGAGCUCGCGAUCUGCAGAUUCCUACUCAAAUCAUCCAUAAUGCAUCUAUCAUCAACGCAGUGGGGUGCUCGGGGCUUCAGCUCUACAAUUUUGGGCAGACAGUAUCUCUGGUCUUCUUUACAGACACGUGGAAACCAGACUCGUUCUACGAUCGCAUCGCGGAGAACGCCAAGUUGGGGCUGCAUACCCUGGUACUUCUUGACAUAAAAGUAAAGGAACAAAGCGAAGAAAAUCUAGCAAGAGGAAGAAAAAUAUACGAGCCGCCACGAUACAUGUCUAUUCCUAUAGCCGUGAACCAGCUUCUCGAGAUCGAAAGCAUUAGAAAAGAAGGCAUCCUUGAUGGCGAUUCGACACUCGCUAUUGCACUAUCGCGUGUGGGCAGCAUACCCUCCGGCGAAGAAUCGACAGAUGAUGACGAAGGUACUCAACGUAUCGUCGCAGGUACUCUCUCGGAUUUACAGGUCCAACCAGAGUCUGUGUUUGGAAAACCACUUCACAGCCUCAUCAUCGCUGGUAAGAGGUUGCAUGAAUUAGAGGCGAUUUAUGCUGGCGCCUUUGCUGUUAAUAAGGAGAACUGGAAUCGGAUCGCAAAACAAACAUCUUAGGUCAAAUAAUCGUAAACUAUUAUAACACGCAUCCUAUGUGAUUUGGCAAAAUUCUUA